UGCUUAAUAAAACUUCUCAGAUAAUGAGAGAAUAGAAGAAGAGAAACAGAAAGAGGGUUUGCAAAGCAAUCUCUCUUCUUUGGAUCUCUCAAAAUCAUAUCAAUUUUUUAUAUUUAAUUAGUACAAUCUGACCCCUCAAAAAGAAAGAAAAAAUAGUUUAGAAAGUACCUUUUUCUUCUAUAUUCAGCAUUGCCUUCAUUAUAAUUUUCCAUAUACUUCAUUCCUCCUCUUAUCUUUCUUGAAGAAUUUUCUCUACAUUUUCUUGAGAUAUUAAUCAUGAGCAGAUUUCGUGUAAAUUCGUCUCCUGAUUUAGUUGCUAAUUUACCAUCAGAACAAUUCUAUGAUGAUUCAGCUUUAGAAGGCCUCGGUUUUGAGCCAUGGAAGCAGCCACUAAUACUUGCAUUAGAGUAGGUUGUCUAUAUCACACCCCUUGGGGUGUGGUCCUCUCUGGACCUACGUGAAUGCGGAAUGCUUUCUGCACCAGCCUGCCCUUUUGCCAUAAGAUUCAAUGAAGAGGAAGGGUUGCAGCCAACAUUAAGUUAUUGCUAAAGUUGACUCAAGAGCACAAAAAUGCUUGUAACAAAGAGAAGAACGAUGGCCGGAGAAUGUUGAGGGUGGCAACCAUGAUGGCCAUUCUUGAUAAUGUUAGGACAAGAAUUCAAAAAUGUCAAUCAUUUGGUAACAAGUCAUCAUCAGAAGCUGAAUUAAGUCGAUGUAAUUCAGAGCUUAAGGUUACUAGUCAUGUUCCAAUAGACAAGAAGCACCACGAGCCGAUGAUUGAUGAGAAAGAAAAACUACGGAAGCAGCUAAACGCGAGCUUGGUAGCACGAAAGAGCCUCGAGGCCAUGUGUUCAAGCUUAGGGAAAGAAAAAGAGAUUAUGGCAUCAGAGCUAUCGAAAAAGGUCCACGAGUUGAAUGAAAUGGAGGACCUCAUCAAUGAUCUAAAAGAACAAAAUGAGAGUUUAGUGGAAAGGUUACACGGAUGUGCCACCGAGCAAAAAGAAAGGAGGUAUAGCAGCGGUGGAGAAACACAAGGAAACAUUGCCCUCCAAGAGAGAAAUAAGGCACUUUCAGAGCAACUACUAAAGUCAUUGGAUGGUUAUAGAUCCAUUAAGAGGAAAUGGAAGGAUGCACAAGCAGAAAACAUGGCGAUGCAUGCAACCAUGGAGGAAAUGACAGCAAAAGUUGGAGCUGGACUUGCCCGAAUCCACAGCUUUAAAGAACGAAUUGCCUCAGAAAGUGUGCCCUCGACGGAUAUCCAAGAGGAAAUUGUUGAAUUAGAGCAUAUGUUUGAAUGCUUUGAAAUGCAAGUUGCAAAACAUGGUCAAAAGGAAGGGGAAUGUGUCAAACCAAAAGCAGAGAUUAGUUCUUGCAAGCCUAUAGUUCUUGCAUAGAAGAUAUGCUAACUUAGAAACAAGCCGAACACAAAGGAGAAAAGAUGGACUUCAACUUAGUCAGGUUAUCUUUAACAUGGUCCACAAUCAUGGCGUUCCACAAAUGUACUGAAAUGGGGAAAAGAUAGCACAUUCUUCUCUGCUAUGGAGUUAACGUAAUGAGUCAAGUAUAUGGUAUGUAAUAGGAAAAUAACUAUGUGAUGUUGCUUUUUUUCAUGUGUAAUUUACAGGUGUAACCUAUUCUGUCUUUCAGUUUUAUAUUAGUGCUAAUGACAUCAAUAAUCCGA